AUGUCGGCUCUGACGACACGAUUGCUCUUCCCGCUGCACCUCGCUGUCCUCGCAUCCCUCCACGCCGUCCUCGCCAGCGCCCGCGCAGCCCGCCUUGUCCUCCGUCUCGCCUCGCUCGUCCCCUUUCCUCGACUGCGGCAGCAUGAAGCGGUGACACCAUCGGACGAUCUGAAGCGCGGGAGAUGGAACAAGCUGCCAAAGCAUCUCGCGGUCAUCCUGGCGCCGGCUCGAACGGCGAGCGACUCCCUGCAGGCGGUGCAGGACAAGGUCGAGCAGCUGCGGAAGUUGCUGGGAUGGAGCCGCGAGUUGGGCAUCGCUACGCUGUCCGUGUACGACGAGACUGGACUUCUCGUCGAAGAGGCAUCCGAGGUUUCGACAGCUCUCGGUCUCGGAGUGGAAGGCGCAGACCGAGCGGGAAAGGAAUGCGGACUGGUCGUACUGCGGCGACCGGCUUCGGCGGAAACUGUCGCGCCGAAGGAGACUUUGCUGGACGAGUCGUGGGUUGCGGUGUCGGGCGACGGGGACAGCACCUCGUCUGCCACGCUCGUCAACGAUGACGCCCCGCCAACUGUCGAACCAGACGUCCAGGUCAACUUGCUCUCCCGGCAAGCAGGCCAGCCCUGGCUUGCACGCGUAGCGGAAAACUUGGCUACGGGAGACUCGAGCAGGGAGAUGACGUCGGAAAUGGUUGCCGAGAAUAUCGAUGCGCUACCUCUGACCGAGCCUGACCUACUCUUCGUCUUCGGCGGAUCGUACCUGCGACUGCACGGCUUUCCUCCAUGGCAGAUCCGCUUGACGGAGAUGUACCACCACUCAUGGCCGAGCUGGACUCGACCACCGCCCCUGACUUACGAGGUCCUGCGGAAAGGACUAGACUUGUACGGCGGCGCAGAGAUGCGCUUCGGGCGAUAG